AUGCUGAAGCAAGAAAUCUUGGCGAUGCGAAAUGACUUCAAAAAUGACAUUAAAACCGAGUUAUCUACUGUUGUCAAAAGCGUGGAUGGGCUAAAAUCACAAGUGAAAACCUUCACUGAGCAAUUUCAUAAAAGAAUUAGCACUGUAGAGAGCAAAAUUACACACCUUGACUCAUGUGUAUCUACAAACACUGACUCUAUAGUAGCUAAUGAAGUGAAAUUAAUGGAGCUCACUAACAAAAUCUCAGACAUCCAAAUCUCAACUGAUAACAAUGCCAUUUUAAGGGAAGUUGAUGACAGAAUGCUCAGAAGAAAUAACGUCUUAUUCCUUGGAUUAAGUGAAUCUUCUUCAGAUUCUUCGUCGGAGCGACAAACAGAUGAUAUGAAACGAGUGCAGAAUAUCUGUAACAGUCUGGCAAAUAAUGUUGGGUUUUUAUCCUGCUCCAGAAUUGAUCAUAUCAUCUCUAAUUCUGGAGAAAAAGAAGAAAUCAAUUCCUACACUUCCGAUGAACCUUUCGAUUGUGCAAGACCGCACAGAACUACAGAGGAAGGAGCAGAAACUAGUCCGUCAACAACUUCAGGAGAGGACAGCAGCUGGGGAGAAGAAUUUGAGGAUUGUCACUCGAAAUGGUCAACCGACCAUAGUUCAGGAUCGUCGAACUAUUUCAGCGUCGACUCCGAGAAUAACAACAGCCUAAACCUUAGAUCUUCAGGCCUAACACUAUACUAUCAGAAUGUUAGGGGAUUAAAUUCUAAGCUGGAUCAAAUUUAUAGUAAAAGUUUUAUGGCUGAAUGUGAUAGACGGGAGGAGUUCAGGAGGUCGGGUGGAGGUGUACUAAUUGCUUGCAGGAAUUCUCUUAAUGUAGCACCUUUAAAGUUUAAUAAUAUCCUUAAAGAAUUCCUCCAGAUUGAGAUAGUAGGUAUUCAAAUCAUUAAUCAUGGUCUUAAAAUUCACUUAGUGACUAUAUAUAUUCCACCUGAUCUGCCUGCACAAAUCUAUUCUGACAUCCUUGAGCUUCUCUCGUCUGACCCUGUCAUGGAUGCUGGAGCACUGGUACUUUUGGGUGAUUUCAAUUCUCCGUAUUUUUCUGACUCUCUUAAUGGUGGUCUGGAUAUGAAGGCUGACAUACUCAUUAAUUUCUCCCUACUAAACAAUUUAAAUCAGUUCAAUGAUGUUUUGAACAUCAAUGGUAGAAUACUUGACUUAGUGUUUUCAUCGGUGGAUUGCUUAGUUGUGGAGGAACAAUCGCCUGUGGUAAAACUUGAUACUUAUCAUCCGGCGUUGAGGAUACUUGUCUCUGCUAACGUGGUAAGAAAUAGAUACCCUCUGAAAAAGCCGCUAGGUAAUUAUAAUUUUCAUAAAAUGGACAGAUUGCGUCUUAUAUCGGAACUUGAAUUUAUAAGUUGGGAACCAUUACACGAUCUUCAUUCUCCGAAUGAAAAAUGUAAAUAUCUUUACAAUAGUUUAGAUUCGGCAUUCUCUAAAUCUAUACCUAGCAUUACUAAUCUAACAUACAGGCCAUCCAAAUAUCCUCCUUGGUUUACCUCUGACAUCAUUAAUGACUGUAAGGCCAAAGAACAAUCUCGUCGUAAACUUAAUAUGGAUAAAUCUUAUAACAACUCUCAACAAUAUAAGCAUUUCAGAAAAACUCUAAAAGUAAAAAUUAAAUCAGCAUAUAAUAAUUACAUAAAACGUACUGAGGAUAAACUAAUUUCGGAUCCCAAGUCAUUUUGGAAUUAUAUUAAGUCUAAAAAAAAUUGCAGUCAAUUUCCCAGUAGCUUUUUAUUAGAUGGUAUCUAUGUAGAUGAUUCUGAAAUAAUUGCUAACUCUUUUGCCAAAUUUUUCAGUAGUGUAUAUGAAAAAUUUGAUGAUGAUGUGUUCUCCUAUCUUACAGUCAAUAACAGAGUACUUUUGGGUGGUAUUGAGUUACCUACUGAGCUUAAUAUAAUGCGGUGUAUAAAUAAACUUCCCAAUAAAAUGUCAUCGGGACUAGAUGGUAUCCCUUGUAAAGUAGUAAAGGAUUGUUCCAGUGCAUUAAUCCUACCUCUAAAAAUUAUCUUCCAUGACUGUCUUACUAAGGGUAUUUUUCCUGACAUGUGGAAAACUUCCAAAGUAUGUCCAAUUCACAAAUCCGGGGAUAAGUCACUUAUUGAUAAUUACAGACCUGUCUCAAUCAUACCUGCAUUUGCUAGGAUUUUUGAAAUGAUUUUAUAUGAACAUUUACUUUCAUACUUUACUCCAUAUAUUACACCUUCACAACAUGGCUUCCUGAAGAGAAGGUCUGUGGUAACGAAUCUGCUUCCAUACACUCAAUUUAUUUCAGAUAAUAUUUCGAAUGGGAAACAGGUAGAUGUUAUACACACGGACUUCUCUAAAGCCUUUGAUAAGGUGGAUAUUUAUAUACUUAUUGACAAAUUAGUAGAUCUUGGCAUCCCUGGAUAG